AAGUUCAAAAAAGUUUUCGAUGCGAAACGCGAAGUCGACGGUAAACCGUUGAAAUUUCUGAAUGAUUUGGAUGUGGUGAACGAUGAUUUGGUGAUAUUCAGUGAUUCGUCGUCGAGAUGGCAACGUAGAGAUUACUUCAAAAUUUUGAUGGAAGGAAUACCGAACGGGAGAGUGUUCAGUCUUGUGCCGUCUACAGGCGAGGUGAAAGUGCUCAUGAAAGAUGUUUUCUUCGCGAACGGUGUUCAACUAUUCCCUGAUAAACAGUCGUUUUUGGUUGCUGAGACAGCAAUGGCUCGCAUCAAGAGGCAUUGGAUAGCCGGACCGAAGAAGGGCACCACAGAGGUGUUCGCUGAAAAUUUACCAGGAUUACCGGAUAACAUCCGUCUGAGUGAUGAUGGUAAAACAUUUUGGGUUGGUAUGGCCAACGUUAGACGUCACCAGCAAUUUUCGCUCAUAGAUUUCGUAUCCGAAAAACCAGUACUAAGGAAGUUCCUCCUGAAGUUGAUACCGUCUCCAUAUUGGUCUAUUCUCUAUUCAAAACUGAGAACGCGACAUGCAAUGAUCAUUGAAUUGGAUCUAAACGGACAAAUCGUCUCGAGUGCCCACGAUACGUACGGUGUAUUGAUGACUGAAGCUUCGCAGGUGACUGACGAUGGCGAGUACCUGUAUAUGGGCAGUUUUCAUGCGAAUUUCAUCGCUAAACUUCACAAAAGUUAUUUGCGAUCAACGAACUGA